UUUUUUUUUGGUUUCUUUUUCUUUCAUUCCAUUUCUCUUGUGGUUCUCUCUUCGUCUCUCAAUCUCUUUCUCGCCGGAGCGCAACGAAUUGAUCCUUGAAAACCCCAAACCCUAACUUUGCCGCUUUCUCGAGCUUCUCCCGGCCGAGGAACCACUUUCUAGGGUUUCUCUUCUCCUUUGAUUUGCUAGGCUUGUUGCCUUGUUUAGGGCUGCGGGCUUUCUUUCGGAUCAGAGGGAUUGAUCGCUUGAUUGGGCUGCUCUUGAGAUCAGUUCUGUUGGUUUUGGAUCUCCUCGAUUCGGACAUGGAAGAGGACUGCACUUUUAAAUCCACCCGGGUUUUGCUUCGUUUUUGGAGUUGUUGCUGAGAUUGAUCCUUUGGUUUUGGAACUUUUUUUUUUUUGUAAGGGAUUGUUGUUGGAUUUGUGUUGUUUGUUGCGCAUUAAUGGAGUAGGACUGGGGCUUGGAGAUGAGCGUGAGGACAUGGUGUAUGAGGAGCAGCGUGGGUGGUGGUUCGGUCACUCAUUGGAACCGUUUUGCUGGAAAUUAGUGGGAAUAUGUCUCGCUGCUUCCCUUUUCCACCUCCGGGAUAUGAGAAUAAACCUCCGAUUGAACACUUAGAUUUACUUGCAAAGGAGAAGCCCAAAGAGAAGAAGCAUAAGAAAGAGAGGAAGGACAAAGAAAGGAGAGAAGGCAAAGACAAAAAGGAUAAGGAUAAAAGCAAAGAUAAACGCAAAGAGAAAAAAGAUCGCAAAGAAAAGCACAAAGAUAAGAAAAAGGACAAGGACAAAGAUAAAGACAAAAGCAGGACAUCAAAUGAGGUAAGAAAUGAGGCACAUGCGGUGCCUCAGAAUGGAGAGAAAGUUGGUGGUAGCAGUCAGAAGGCUGGUGAUGUUAAAGAUUCUAAAUAUGCAGAAGAAUUUGGCAGGAGAAUCAGAAAUGAAGAGAAAGGGGUGGCAAAUAGGGUGGUUGAAAACUCUAGUGGUUUGCUUCAAAAAAGAAAUGAGAUCAUGGGAAGCGGAAUGCCAUUUGGCAGUCCAGUCCAAAGAAGAAGUGAGUGUGUGGGUACUGGAACUGCAGCCACUGCUCCAAUUCAAAAGAGAAAUGAGGCAUGUUCAAUUCCUAAAGAAAUUGAAAUCAAGGAUGCUGGAACUUCGAGUACUAAUUCUCUUCAGAAACGAACUGAAAGUGCUGGCGCUGGCUCUAGAAUUAGCAGUUUGGAUAAAAGAAGAAUUGGGGGCACAAACUCCAUCACUGCAAUUUGUGGAUCACUCGAAAAAGGUAUUGAGAAUGCCGAUGCUAGAACUGCAAUCAAUGAUUCAAGUCAAAGAAGUGAGGCCAUUGAUUCUGGAAGUGCAAUUAGUAGUUCUUUGCAAAAAAGAACAGAGACGAUGGCUACUGGCGCAGGUCAGAAAAGGAAUGAGAGCAAGGGUACUGCAAUGGCAGCAGAUAAAGAAAGAGGAACAGGGAAUAAAAUGGUCGCAAACCAUAUUGGUACAGAAGAAAGAAGAAACGAUGGAAUGGACAAGGUGGUCGAAAAAGAUACGGACAAAAGAUUUGGGAGUGUUGGCGCUUCAAUGGCUCUUGAAAAGGAGAGAGCUACUGGAAGCAAAAUCGUUCCAAAUCUUGCUGGUAAGGAAGAAAGAAGGAACAGUGGGUUGGGUAAACGGGUGGAAACAGGUGCAGAGAAGAGGACUGGAGCAAAGGAUAAGGCUAAAGACCAAGAAGCUGAUGGACACAGGGAUAAAGAUCGAGAAGAGAAAAGAAACAAAAGCAAGCAUAAAGACAAAGAUACAAAUAAGAAAAGGGAAAAGGAUAAAAUGAGGCAGAAAGGUGAACAGAGGGAGAAAGCUCGAGAGAUUAUAAAGGAUUCCAGUAAAAAGGGUCUGGUAGACAGUUCAAGUAUCAAGCUCAAUGAUUAUCGCACAGACAGUGAAAAGAGUACUCAUGUUGAUGAAAGUACCAAGAAGAGGAAGGACUUUGAAAUAAAUGGUAUAUUGCACGAAAAUGAUGUGCGACCAAAUAAACUUCUGAAGGCAACACCUUCCCUUCAUCCAACUUUACAGAAUGGAAGGACAUUGGAACCAUGUCAUAUGCCAUCACCUAAUCCUUUGAUCAGGCUUGAGACCUCAAAUAGUGUCAAAGCAGCAGAACCUCCAGGUAACAAAAUCCACAAGGAGAAUGGUAUCGCAGGAGCUCAUACACCUUCAAUCCAUAUGAAACCUUCGGCUGCUGUGCAAACUGGUGGGAAGGGUGAAAUCUCCAUAAAGCCACCCCAUCGCGAUUGCAGAUAUCUCAGCCAAGUAUAUUCUGUCCCCAAAAUGGAGGAAUUUUCUGAAAAUGAUGACCAGUCAUGGCUAUUCAGCACGGAGAACUGCCUGCAAAAAAAACCAGUAAAGCUCAAGGCCGAAGGAAUACCUCAAGUGUGGGCACAGGCAAUGCACAUUGAUUCUGCGGAUGUUUUUGCUCUGCCAUAUGUGAUUCCAUACUAAUUAACGGGGAAUUGUUUACAUCACCAUUCUAAUUACCAAGUCUCUUGGUCAUGGUAUAGGAGCAGCUAUUUUUUCAGGCUGCGUUCUAUCAUUACUGCAUGACUGCUCUUUCAAGUGUGAGCUCAGACUUAUCAUUGUGGCGAAGUGAUGUGUGUGCAUGACCUUUGCCCUGGAUCCAUACGAAUGCGCAAUCGAGUUACAGCACUACGCAAGCUCCCAGUGCAUCUGCACACAAUCAGCAGCAUGGUCACCUUUGCCUGUAAGAGACAAGUAACUAGUCCAUUGUCCGGAGUCCUCGUCAGGGAAAGACGGUUCUCAUGUUGUCAUUGGGAGCAGAGACUGUUCUAGCUUCAUUACCAACAAUUUUGAUUUAUUCCAUGUAAAUUUUUCUCAUAAAAAAAAGAGAUGUACUAUAGAGGGGAGGGGAAGAAGUUAAAAAAGGCUUUUAGGCUGCUAUAAUUUAUUCA